AUGAGCUCACACAAUCUCCGCGAGACCACUGUCUCCGCACCGGGCAAGGUUCUCGUCGCCGGUGGAUACCUCGUCCUCGACCCAGCCUAUCCUGGUUCGGUCAUCUCCACUUCCUCCCGCUUCUACUGCCAUGCGCGCUCGCAAACCUCCAAGAGCUCGUCGGAUGCAGCCAAGGAACAGAGCUGCACCGUCACUGUCCACUCUCCGCAGUUCCUGGAUGCCGAAUGGGUGUACAGGGCCUCAUUCGUUCCCUCCACCGCCUCGGCGCAGGACCAGUCAAAGGGACACUGGGUCCUCGAACAGACAGCCGAGUCGCGCGCCAAAGCCGGUCGCAACCCAUUCGUCUCGCUUGCCCUUGCAUACACUCUCCGACUCGCCGCAGAGGUCAAGGGGGACGACGAGCUCCUGUCGCUCCUUCAGCGCACCCGGUCCGAAGGGAUCCGCAUCACCGUCGCUGCGGACAACGACUUUUACUCGCAAAGAGAGACUCUCAACCUUGCGCCAGGAACAGCUCCUACGGUCGAUCAGCUCCAGCAGCUUCCACCCUUUUCGCCACAAAAGUGCCGCAUCGGCGACGUGCACAAGACCGGCCUCGGCUCGAGCGCCGCUAUGACCACGUCGCUCGUCGCUUGUUUCCUGCUGCAUCUUCAAGCGGUCAUCCCCACGGACUCGGGCUCUCUUGAGACCGAGGACCUGGCUCUCAUCCAUAACCUCGCCCAGCUAGCCCAUUGCGCAGCGCAAGGCAAGGUAGGCUCGGGCUUCGACGUCAGUGCCGCGAUCUGGGGCAGUCAACUCUACCGACGUUUCGGACCAAAGGUCCUUCAGGCCUGCCUCGAUGAGGGCGAGAAAGUCCUUGCCGAGGGAGAAGAGUCGACAGAACAGCGAGAUGCUCGGCUGUCAGCAAGAACGCAACUGCUGCCCGUCUUGGAUCCCUACAACCCGCUUUGGAAAGCAUCGCCGCUGUCCUCCAGUGGUGCCCCUGAGGACACCAGCGCUCACUCUACUGCGACCGAGGGUCUCGUCGCAUCGGGUCAAGAUCAAGUCGCCAGACCUGCCCCCUUGCAAUUGCCCCCUGGUCUCGACCUCCUCUUAGCCGACGUUGACGCGGGCUCCAACACGCCCAGCCUCGUUUCCAAGGUGCUGUCUUGGCGCAAGGAGAAGCCCGAGUGGGCCAAUCAGCUCUAUAACGUCAUCGCCGCCUCCAAUCAGAACCUUGCCGACAGCCUGCUCAGGCUCCGCAUCUUGCACGCUUCCGACGCCUCAACGUACGAGGAGCAAAUCAAUGCGGCCGCCAAGCAGCUGUCAAGCGAGUGGGAUGCGACGCUCAAGCAGCUCCCCCCAGCAGCCGACCAGAGCCACGACGACGAGGCUGAUGCUUCGACCGUCGACCUGAGCGUGACCCCGCGCACGGUACUGCAAGCGCUGUCGGAUGUGCGCAACAGCCUGCGCUCGAUCCGGGCAGGCAUGCGCGAGCUCGGCAACCGGGCAGGCGUGCCCAUCGAGCCGCCAGAAAUCGGCGCCCUGAUCAAGAAGAUCAGCGACGAGAUCCCCGGUGUCGUAGGCGGCAGCAUUCCAGGCGCCGGAGGCUUCGAUGCCUUCUACAUCAUUCAUCUCGAGAGCACCGAUAGCCCGCGCAGCCUGGCUCAGAUCUGGCACCAGAUCCACAGCGUCAACGAGAAGGACGAAUCCAAGCUUACCCUCGGACCACUGCUGUCUCGAGCGGAUGGAGCCAAGAGCGCAUCGGACGAGGGUGAAGAUGGCGGCCGGGGCGAAGAAGAUGCUGGUCCCGUCGCAAUGCUUUUGAAGAAGCUCAAGGCGUCCGAGCAUGCAGGACACGACUUUGGCCUUCGUCUGGAAAAGGUGGACGAGGUCAAGGGUCUCAAAAACGCGAUCGACACCUCAGUCUGA